AGUCUCUGCAGUGCAGGGUCUUCGUUCGUAACCGUCCGUCCGUCCGUGAGUGGCUGGCUGGCUGGCUGGUGAGCUCGAGGGAGAAUGUCGCUGCGAUUGCCGCCGGCCAGUUGCCGAUUGCUCGCGUACGCAUCAUCUUCUGUUAGAAGAUCGAAGAAGCCGAAGCGCCACUUCGCCUCCCGUUUCUCCUCUCCCUUGUCUUCCCUGCGAAACGCCAACGCUUCCGUCUCCACCGAUUUCCCUAUUCCCGGACUCGAAGAUGAAAUGGUUGGAUACAUAUUUGGGAGGAGGAAGGCCACUGAUGUAGCUCACUCAGUCUGGAAACACGUGGUUCGAGAAGGCGACACCGUCGUCGAUGCCACGUGCGGCAAUGGUCAUGAUACCUUGGCACUAGUCAAACUGGUUGCGGGUGAGUCGGCUAGGGGCCGUGUUUAUGGAAUGGACAUCCAGGAAGAUGCUUUACAGAGUACCUCUUGCUUCCUGGGACAAUCUCUCGGCACCCAAGAGAUGGAGCUUGUGAAGCUUUUCCCUAUGUGUCAUAGCAAGAUGGCGGAAAUUGUCCCUGAGGAUGCCUUGGUGAGGCUUGUGGCAUUCAAUUUGGGCUAUCUUCCUGGAGGUGAUAAAGCAAUAACCACUAGAUCAGAAACAACACUACUAGCAUUGGAAGCCGCAGGGAGUAUUAUAGAACCUGGAGGGCUAAUCAGCACCGUGGUCUAUGUGGGACAUCCUAAUGGAAGGGAAGAGUUUAAAACUGUACAAGCAUUUGCUUCUGGGCUGUCAACGGAGAAUUGGGUCUGCUGUAAGCUACAGAUGUUGAAUCGACCGUUGGCUCCGGUUCUCAUUUUCAUGUAUAAAAGAUAAUCAUGGAUCAUCGGUUUGCUUUUAAGUUCCUGGGAUUUCAUCCUGCUUCGAGAGAGGAAUGUCCUUUUUGCACUUUUCCGCAAGUCAUAUUUGGUUCACUCAGUUUUUUUUUUUUCCCUUUUUUCCUUCUUUUGAGGUCCCUGUCUUUGUCCCUUUCUUGGUAAUUUUGCAAUGGAAGUGUUCCCGGCAUAUCCUGCCUGAAAUAAAUGUAAAAAUAGUCCAAUUGAUCUCUACAACUUGGGCAAGACAUUUGCAA